GGGUGAGAAUUCUCGCUACGAUUGCUCACUUGAUCUGAAAGGUCUAUGAUUGCAAGUGUUCGCGCGGAGCCAGAAGGCUCUCUUCUAUGACCAUUCCAAGGAAGGAACAACUAAGUAUUCUCUACAACUCCUACGCCUUACUCAUAUUCCUUGCCGUGUCUAGCCCCAAACCCGCGAUUCCAAAGGGCUCUUUGGUCCUCGUCACCGGUGCUACCGGCCACAUAGCAGCGCAUACGACAAAACAAUUUCUCGAACGCGGUCUCAAGGUCCGUGGAACGGUCCGGAUUCUGGGAAGGGCUAAACGGCUCAUCCAGGGCGUUAUCGCUGCCUUUGCUGAGCGCGGCGAUCUCGAGCUCGUACACGUUCCCGAUCUUGGUGCCAAACACGUCUUUGACGAAACGAUCAAAGGGGUCUCAGCAAUCGCUCAUAUCGCCUGGAUUCUUUCUUUCUCCGAUGAUCCUUGGUUGCACGCUUUUCUUGAGCAUUGGUUAACAGUCACAGCGUUGCCGCCAAGAAGCACACGGAGCUCCACUGCAUCACCGCCAGUGGCAGCGGUCAGUUCAUCGUCAGCUUCCCCGUAAGCUCUUCUGCCCUCCAAGCUGACUAGAUGAAGAUCGAGACACAUUUUGACAAUAUUAGAAUAACGAUGUGACCAGAAAGACUUGUCCGGGUUUCUGCUCCGACUGUUUCCUCUCCAACAGUGGCACCACCAUCACCUGCAAGUCUUCCGGCAAGUUGAUGGAGGGCGGCGACUUCUCUGACGCCUGCAUCAAGAACGACGGCUCCGGUGGCGAGUAAGGCAUCAAAAGUAGCAUACUUGGGAAGUGUUGCUGAUGGGCGGUUGCUAGAAACUUCUACCAGUCAUUUGUUACAUCUAACAUGAUCUCCGAGUUUAAACAUGAUAGUAC